UACUAAACCCUACGAUACUCUCCUCUUCUUCCCUUCUGCUCACCACCGCCUGAUAUUCGGCACAUCGACAUCUCGCCUGCAACUUCUUUUGUGAUUUGUCAAUCUCUUCUGGGUCAAGAGUCAUCAUCCAUAUACACUACUGUUGAAAAUGGCAACCCAAAUGAGCAAAAAGCGAAAGUUUGUAGCUGAUGGCGUGUUCUUUGCUGAGCUGAAUGAGGUCCUUACCAGGGAACUUGCAGAGGAUGGUUACUCUGGUGUUGAAGUUAGAGUUACUCCUAUGCGUACAGAGAUCAUCAUUAGGGCCACGCGUACCCAAAACGUUCUUGGUGAGAAAGGAAGGCGGAUAAGGGAGCUGACAUCUCUCGUUCAGAAGCGGUUUAAGUUUCCUGAAAACAGUGUGGAGCUUUAUGCCGAAAGAGUGAACAACAGAGGACUCUGCGCCAUUGCCCAGGCUGAAUCUUUGCGCUACAAGCUUCUUGGGGGGCUUGCAGUUCGCAGGGCUUGCUAUGGUGUUCUUAGAUUUGUAAUGGAGAAUGGAGCUAAAGGGUGUGAGGUGAUUGUUAGCGGAAAGCUUAGGGCUCAGCGUGCAAAAUCAAUGAAGUUCAAGGAUGGAUACAUGGUUUCCUCUGGUCAACCGGUCAAGGAGUAUAUCGACUCUGCUGUGAGGCACGUGCUUCUUAGACAGGGAGUUCUUGGAAUCAAGGUUAAGAUCAUGCUCGACUGGGAUCCUACCGGUAAGCUUGGACCCAAGACACCAUUACCUGAUAACGUGAUUAUUCACAUGCCCAAGGAUGACGUUGUUGCACUUCCGCCCAAAGAGGUGGAGGAAUAUAGGCCACCACUUGUGGUUGGCGAUGAGCCUUUGCCGAUGCCCAUUCCUGUCGUCUAAAUCUAUGCGAUUCCGUAAUUUGGUGGCUUUUGUUGAGUUUUGUUUUUGGAUUGGAUAACCCUUUUUCAUUUUGGACUGCUGUAAGCUUAUAUCUACACUUAGUUUUGUCAAAUUUUGUUACUUUGAAGUGAUAAUGAAGGUUCAAGUUUUGUAGUAA